AUUGCGCGGAUGGGCCGGGAGCGCCUCGGGCCCUGUCCCCGGUCUGGCCCCGCCCCUCACUGCCCCUUGGCGCCGCGCGCACAGGGCGGUGCGCGAGUGGGCGGGCCCUAGCGGCGCGGCCUGACGCGACCGGGGCCGCGGGAGUCUGCCGUCGUUCCCUCUGUGGUGGCCCGGGUGGGACGCACGGGUUGCGGAGUAACAUGGCGGAUGCGGAAGUAGUUAUUUUGCCAAAGAAGCAUAAGAAGAAAAAGGACCGAAAGUCACUACCAGAAAAAGAUGUCGCUGAAAUACAACAUGCUGAAGAAUUUCUUAUCAAACCUGAAUCCAAAGUUGCUCAGUUGGACACAUCUCAGUGGCCCCUGUUGCUAAAGAAUUUCGAUAAGCUGAAUGUGAGGACAACGCACUAUACACCUCUUCCUUCAGGUUCAAAUCCUCUGAAGAGAGAGAUUGGGGACUAUAUCAGGACAGGUUUCAUUAAUCUUGACAAGCCCUCUAACCCCUCUUCCCAUGAGGUGGUAGCCUGGAUUCGACGAAUACUUAGGGUGGAGAAGACAGGACACAGUGGUACUCUGGAUCCCAAGGUGACUGGAUGUUUAAUUGUGUGCAUUGAACGAGCCACUCGAUUGGUGAAAUCACAACAGAGUGCAGGCAAAGAGUAUGUGGGAAUUGUCCGGCUGCACAAUGCUAUUGAAGGGGGGACCCAGCUUUCUAGGGCCCUAGAGACUCUGACCGGUGCCCUGUUCCAGCGACCUCCACUUAUUGCUGCAGUAAAGAGGCAGCUCCGAGUGAGAACUAUCUACGAGAGCAAAAUGAUUGAAUACGAUGCUGAAAGAAGAUUAGGAAUCUUUUGGGUGAGUUGUGAGGCUGGCACCUACAUUCGGACACUGUGUGUGCACCUUGGUUUAUUAUUGGGAGUUGGUGGUCAGAUGCAGGAACUUCGGAGAGUUCGUUCUGGAGUCAUGAGUGAGAAGGACCACAUGGUGACGAUGCAUGACGUGCUUGAUGCCCAGUGGCUGUACGAUAACCACAAGGAUGAGAGUUACCUGCGGCGGGUCGUUUACCCUUUGGAAAAGCUGUUGACAUCUCAUAAAAGACUGGUUAUGAAAGACAGUGCAGUGAAUGCCAUUUGCUAUGGGGCCAAGAUCAUGCUUCCAGGUGUUCUCCGAUACGAGGACGGCAUUGAGGUCAAUCAGGAGAUUGUGGUCAUCACCACCAAAGGGGAAGCAAUCUGCAUGGCUAUUGCAUUAAUGACCACAGCAGUGAUCUCUACCUGUGACCAUGGUAUAGUAGCCAAGAUCAAGAGAGUGAUCAUGGAGAGAGAUACUUACCCUCGGAAGUGGGGAUUGGGUCCAAAGGCAAGUCAGAAGAGGCUGAUGAUCAAGCAGGGCCUUCUGGACAAGCAUGGCAAACCUACAGACAGCACACCUGCCACCUGGAAGCAGGAAUAUGUUGAUUACAGUGAUUCUACCAAGAGAGACGUGGUUGCUGAAGCAGUAAAAGCUCCACUGGUAGUUGCCGAAAUGGUAAAAGUCCCGCAGGUAGUUGCUGAAGUAGUAAAAGCCCCAAAGCGGAAGCGAGAAAGUGAGAGUGAAAGUGAUGAGACUCCUCCAGCGGCUCCCCAAUUGAUCAAGAAGGAAAAGAAGAAGAAUAAGAAGGACAAGAAGACUAGAGCUGCUCUAGAGAGUAGGGGCGAGCCUGGAGACGGGGACAGUGACACCAUCAAAAAGAAGAAGAAAAAGAAGAAAGCAAAAGGGGUAGAAGUGAUUUCUGAGUAGUGAGGGCCAUGUUAAGCAUUGUGUCCAACUGGGAGGAGAAAUUAAAGCCUUAUUGAGAAAACAUUGUUCCUUUUGUUGUUGAGGGAAUGGAACAUAGGUCCUGGACAGGGUGGAGAGUUCUGGCACAUUUUAGCUGCUGUUUGAGACCUUGGUGAUGUUACCUGGUGUGAUCAUCCCAUCUUGUCCUGUUUUAAGGAUAUGGGUGAUAAAAGAGGCAGAUUUUAUGCCAAUGACUCCUCUGCUUGUUUGAGUUGGGAAGCCUCACCUUCAGACCCAGUAACUGUCCACAGCUGUCUGUUAGUGGCUGUUUUAAAAACAUCAUAGUCCUCUCCUAGUUUGCUUUUCCUUUUUUACCCCAUAUUUUUAAAAAGUUUGUAAAAAAAUUAUGUCUGCUCAGUGAAAUGGUGUAGAACCUUCAAUAAGUGAAAGAAGACUAUAACUGAAUCACAUUGUUCGCUGGGGAAAAUCUUGUCUCCAAUGUGCUAUGAAGACAGUGGUUUAUUCUGGUGUCUGGGGUAUAGGCCUGGCAGCCUGGUAGAUUUUCAUCUUGUUUCUGGCCUAGCAGUCAGUCUUUUAUGCACUUCAAAGCUUGUGUGUAUGGCAAUAUUCACCUAAAUCUAUCUGGCUACUUGUGUUUGUGACAGAAGCUGAACCGUUCCUGUACCCUUUUGUUUUAGCCCUCUUUUAAAGAAUGAAAUCAUUCAUUGCUGG